AUGAAUUUCCUAGAGUUAAUUAAAAAAGUUCAAGUUGAAAGUGAAUCAGCGAUGGUGUAUUUUAUCGGAGUGGAUAACGAAUUUUUGACAGAUUUUUUAAAAUCUGAUUUCACCAUACAAAUAUCGAUUUUUGACGCUGGUUUCAAAAAUGAAUUUCGAAAGAGUGACAAAAUUAACAUUGUAUUCCAAGUUCCUGAAGAAGAUAAAAGUUAUUCAAGAUUGCUGCACAAACUCAUCGAAAGCAUUCGUGCUAGAAAGUUUAUCAUAAUUUUAGCCAAAACUUUAAGCAGUUUGAUUCAAUAUUUUUCCUUUUUUGCUGAAAAUAAGUUCACAAAAAUUUUUGGAACAAUUGGUAACACAUCAUCUUAUGCAUACAUGCCCUACGCUGAUAAUCCAAUUCAAGAACUUGUCUCUAAUUCCGGUCAUCUACCGGAUGCUUGGAAGGAUUUUAAUGGUUUUGCCUUACGAACAAUUAUUCAAGAAGACGUACCAAGAACUUUUUGGUAUCGAAAUGAAAAAGGACAAAAAUGUAUUGGAGGAAAAUAUGGUGAAAUAAUUUUGCAAUUUUUAAAAAGACAUAAUGCAACUUUUAAGGAAAUUUAUAUAAGAAAUGUUACAAAAGAAACUUAUUUCAACAUUUCUUUGAAAAACAAUAUUGACAUUAGUAUGAAUUCGUUUUUGCCACAAGAAAAUUUCGACUUCAGUUAUCCUGUAUCGAUUGAGGAAAUGGUUGUUAUGACACCCGUCAACGGAUUGCUUUCGCCACAUGAGUAUUUUCAGAGGCCAUUUUCAGGAGCGGUAUGGCUGUGCAUUGUAGGUUCAGUGUUCUAUAUUACAAUUGCUAAGAUUAUGAUUAAUAAACUUACAACUUCAAGGAUUGAUAUUUGGGCAAGUUUCAGUGAUACUUUUCUAAUUUUGUUGAAUUUACCAAUAGAAAAACCAAUAACUUCAAACUAUCGAUUUUAUUUGCUAGUACUAUUGUUUGCCUUCAUAAUUGGAAAUUUAUUUGGAGCAUUCUUUCAAUCAUUUUUAACAGUUUUCAUCAAAAUCAAACAAUACGAUAGUAUUCAGGAUCUUGUUGAAAAUAAUAUUUCCGUUAUAAUUCCAAAUUUUCGUUGGGAUAUAAUAAAGAAUAAAUCAUAUCCAGAUGGUUUGGAAAAAAUAAUUCUUCCAACUAAUCUUGGAACGUUUGCUGCUGAAUUUACCUCAAUGCGAAAUACAAGUUUGGCAUAUUUAAUUGAAGAAGACACAUGUCUAUUCUAUAUUGGUUUUCAAUCUUUAUAUAGAAAGAGUUUAUUUCGCGUGGCUCGUGAAACUAUUUGCAGUCAUCAUUUUGGAUAUUUGUUACCACCGAAUUCUCCAUUUAAAGAUAUUUUGAAUUAUUUCAUAGUUGAAAUUAAACAAACUGGUUUGCUUGAGAAAUGGGAUAAAGAUGUUUUUUAUCAAGCUAAGGGACAAGGUGUUGGAUCAACGGUUUAUAAGGAUUAUGUUCAUGAAGAAGCUCAUGUUCCUUUGACAUUGCAUCAGUUGCAGUUUGCAUGGAAUAUUUUAGUGAUUGGAUUGUCUAUUUCAACGGUCGUUUUUGUAAUUGAAUGUGUUUUUAAAAAAUUCUUAUUUUUCUUAAUACUGAGGACACAUAUUAAUUCAUAUAAUUAA